UUGUACACAGCUGGCGACAAGACAAAGGUCUCCCACGAGAGUCAGGAGCGUAGCAGUAUCCAGCAUGCCUUGGACGACAUGAACUACCUCAUCGACGGUCUAAGUGAUAGCAACACUACUGACACUCGGUGUCUCAGUAUUCUCUCUUUGGCCAACAAAUGCCUCACUCCAGCCACGCGAGAUCUUGUCCACGCCUAUGGACUGCUCAAGCAGAUUUGUGCCAACCUUCAUGACGCCCAUACAGACUAUGUAAGUCGCCUUUUAACGCAUUUUUUUAAGUGCUUGACUUACAAAAAGACGUUUUCCCUAUCGUUUGUACCGGUGAGUGCUUAUUCUCUACGCUUCUGA